AUGACUGCUUCGCCGCUUCUCGUUGUUCAAUCCUUACUCGACGCUCUCCACCUCCUUGUAAAAUCAUUUCCCACUAUCUCAACCUUGUUAAUACCAAACCUUCCUGAUUUUUCCAAAGUUCCUUAUUUUAAAUCCAUGACCGCAAUAGAAAAAGAAAAAAUAUCAAAAUUGGUUGCAUCUCAUAAUAAAUACUUACUCGAACAUUUAGUAAAAUUUAGUAGAGCGACCGGUGUAAAGAUCGUUUAUUUAAAAUGUGACAAAUUUUUUGAUGCUAUACAAUCUGGAAUGGACGGUUUUGGAAUCUCAAAUUGUGUUGAUGCCGAAUUUAAUAUCUAUGGUUCUGAUGAGAAAAGUUCUACUGACGAUUACUGUGAUUUAAAAUUAACUGUGGAUGAUAUUUUGGAGAUUGUUCAAUCUAAACCUUCAUCUUCCGAUAUCCCUGAUCUCAAAAUCAAUGCCAUAGGCGAACAAUUUGAUAAGAAAGAUUCAUUUUAUUAUUAUUUCGAUAAUUAUCAUUUUUCGUCAAAAGUUCAUGAAUAUAUGGCGGGUUUUUGUUUUGAAACUUUGGAAACUUCUUUUCAUCCAACUUCCCCUAAUAAAAGAAAUAGUUUCGCUGCGAAAAUGUUCGGAAUGGUCUUGGGCGAUUAUAUACAAUGA